UCUCAGGUUUCCUGCGUUUGGCUAGAAAACACGCUCAUGAGAUCACGUUACUAAAUACCGUGAAUCCUACCGCAGCUUAUCAGUAUUGUGGAUUAAAGCGGCUUUAAUUGGCCAUAGGCUACAAGCAAUUGAAUAUUCAAUUGAUAUCCUAUAAUCAACCAAAUAUAGUAACAGGAAUCGUCGCUCUUCCGUGUUCGGCAAUAUACUACUUUGUGAAGUUAAUUCAUAUGCGUAAUAGUGAUAAAAGGUAUUGACCCAAUAUAUUGAUAGUCGUCGUUGUAUAGCUCGAGUGAAAAGUAAGUCUACAGACCUAUAAUGGGCUGGACGAUUUUAAAUGUUAUAAACAUUCAAUGAACUUGUACGACAUAUGUGUGCAUAAAACUUGCGGCUCGGAUUGCCAAGCAAAUCUAGAGCAAAAUAAUGAGGUAUCGACGAGGAACAAUUCCUUUGAACGGAGCGGUUGGAAAUUUGCUGAAUCGAUUUGAAAUCUGAAGGGAUAAAGAAGGUGGAGAAAAAUAUUUGAUCAAGGUGCGCAGGGCAGGGGUAAUCGCGAGUUAAAAUUUUGUUUUGCUGUUGUCUUUCGUCAUUUAUGCGCAUGAGUGUACUUGGGUUGCCGAUUGCAAGUAGUUCGUUGUUUUAUAGACAGAGGUAGUCAUCGUCGUCGUUGCAUAUAGCAAACACCGGAGCAGCAGUCGGGCUGCGAAACGGUAUGGCCGAGGAACGUCAGUGUUCGUUUUCCCUCACGUGAACGACACGGGUAGUAUUUCUGUUGAAUUGUGAAGCGAUAUGUGUCUGGUAGUUGGUCACUGAAAAACAAUAGGAAAUUCCGAGUUACCUGAAAAGAUAGUCAACGAUGCUGUCUCAGGUGAAUCACAACACGAGGACUUCGAGCGGUAAACUGGAUGGAAAACGACCUAAGGAAUUGAUGUCGUCUUCCAGUCUUUCAGGCAUGUCGCAACUUUCGACUAGUAGCGACGAAGCCCUCGAACCCCUUGUACACAAGUCUCAUAAUAUUAUCGAAAAGUCUGAAAGCACAACGAAGGAUAGAGUAAUAAACAACGAAUGGCUACUGAGUGGCCCAGGAGGAAGUAGGCCGCCUGUAUUACGAUUCAAGUGUUCCGCGCUGGCCACACCGCCGGAGGAUCCACCUGCGAAGCGGUUACAUAUGACGUACAAGAUCUUUCAAACCGAUACAAAACUUAUCAGUUUGAUACUUCAGGCUCAUGGCCUUGCCGAAGUUUCCAUGAACGAAACGAAUUUCAACGUUCUAUGGAUGGGCAAUCAUCCUAAGCCUGACGUUCUUCGCAACUUGACACCAUAUCAGAAGGUCAAUCACUUUCCGAGGUCGUACGAAAUCACACGUAAGGAUCGGCUUUAUAAGAACAUUGAAGCGAUGCAAAGGAGCAAAGGUGCCAGGAAUCUGGAUUUUAUCCCGCAAACGUUUCUACUUCCUAGCGAAUCGAGGGAGUUGUUAACUGCACACUUCAGGUAUCGCGGGCCUUGGAUUGUAAAACCAAAAGCAAGCUCUCGUGGCCGCGGUAUUUACAUUGUUAACAGUCCAGAGAAGAUCCUCACAGAUGAAUCGGUUAUCGUGGCUCAGUACAUAAACAAUCCACUUUUGGUGGAUGGACAUAAAUGCGAUUUGCGAUUGUAUGUAGCAGUCACAAACUAUGAUCCACUUUUGAUAUACCUUUACGAGGAAGGACUAGUCAGAUUUGCCACUGUCAAGUACGACGGUGGUCAUCAAUAUGUAUGGAAUCCAUGCAUGCAUCUCUGCAACUAUAGCAUCAAUAAGUUCCAUGUGGAUUAUAUCAAGAGUGAGGAUCCAGAUGCGGAAGAUGUUGGUCAUAAAUGGACACUGUCAGCUUUGUUACGGCAUCUAAGAUCAAUGGGACAAGAUACAGAAUUAUUGAUGCAAAGGAUAGAGGAUGUUAUUGUGAAAUCUAUUUUAGCCACUGCCUCUGGCAUUGUCAGCGGGGUGAAGCAGUUUGUCAAACAUCCAGAUACCUGUUUUGAAUUGUUUGGAUUUGAUAUACUGAUUGAUGACACCCUAAAACCUUGGCUACUGGAGGUUAACCUGACCCCAUCAUUAGGCUGUGAUUCUCCGUUAGAUGUGAGAUUGAAAUCCGCUCUGAUGACUGAUCUGCUUACUCUUGUUGGGAUUGCCGCUAUUGAUCCAAUAUUGAGACCUCAGAGCACUCACAAUCGUUCAGUUGUCAAUCCUCCCAAGAAAAUGACCAGCUACAGGAGAGUCCAUUCAGCGGAAAUGUUGAUGCUCAAAAAGAAAACUGUAGCAAAAAAUAGCGUCAAUAAAUCAGGUCUCACAGCCGAACAACAGAGGAUAGUAGCGUCGGCUCGAGGGCAGUUUGAACGAAGAGGUGGAUUUGUUCGCAUUUUUCCAAGUCCAAAAUCAUGGGAAAUGUAUUCUCAAUACCUUGAUCCUGUCACAGGAAUACCAGUAGUUACGGAUCCAUUGGGUCCAGGAAGAAUACCACAGCAAGUCAAUACCAAUCAUAAUCUGAUGUUACAUGAACAACUAUUCCCAGCUGCUAGCCGAAUCACCGGAUUUAUUAUUCCAGAAGUGACGUUGGAUAGGCUCUCUAGAUACGAGAGAUACGAGAGGGCUUUGGUGAAAGGCCACAAGCAAAGCCUAGACCGCGGAGAUAGCAAAGAAAAUUUAGACGUAGACACACAUAAGUACAAAACCCAAGUGAUCCAUCUUAUGGAGGAAGGAAAUAAACUCAGCCCAGGCGAAGCAAGAAAAGCUUUUGGACUAUACUUAGGAUGCAUUUUGCGUAAGAUUUCUCAGCCUAGUGCAGACUCGGCGUGCUGCGAACUUGUUAUGAAAUUCCUUCAGCAGUCUGCUAGUAAUUUACGCACACCCUUCUUAUUCACUCUACCUAGUAAUAAAUUAGGCGACAAAGACCGUGCGGCGAUAACUGCCAAACAAUUGUCCGACUUCUUGCAUCUGUACAACAGAGAAACAGAUUUGUAUGCGGAUACGGUAGACCGUCCGCGAACUGUACCAAACAGAUUAUUCCAAAAAUUUCUCGCAACUGCUAACGAAGAAGAUCUGGAUGACGUACUAAUACUCCAAACACGACUGUAUAACUGCGCGCACAGCUUUCUAGGCAGAAGUGGUUUUGCGGGUAGCCUUCGUGGACCGAAUUUAUUGGGUUCCUUGCCUCAUAUCACCUCGAGGGUACAUUCUAAUGCCACUAGCACUGAGCAGUGUAAAUGUAACCAACCUAACAACAGGGCAAAUAAGCCUCCACGCUGAUGAAUUACGAGCGUCACUGCGUUCAAAUCCUUCUAGGUCAAAUUUUAACAUUAUCAAACUUAUUUAUUGCAAUGUCCAUCCAUAUUGUGGCAAAUGAGAGAUGCAUAGCGUUUUGAAUUGCACAACAUGCGACCGGAUGUAGCUUGACGGCUUUUGUGCCUGAGAUGAUUCGAUGCUACAAUAGAUUACAAAGGGCUUCUGAGUGCAAGGUUCUAUUACUUUACGCUUAAUAAUAAUUGUUGAAAAAAUUUGAUAAUUCUAAAUCUAGGUAACUUUCUUAUUGUUACUCCGGGUCUCGUCAAUUUCGCUUCGAGUGAUCCGAAAAUUGCAUUCAUUGCCAAAAUAGGUACUAUGGCUUUCAAUUUUAUUCACGUUCCUUUAUGUCGUAAGUAAAUUAAUAGCUGAACGUAUCUUCAAUUCACAUUAAUGGAAUUGGGCAAUAAUUUUUUUUCACUAGAAUGCAAAUUGAUCAUUCAAAAGCUCUUGAGUCUUACAAUCGAUUAACAAAACUGUUAUUAACGCUUACUUUAUGAUGCUCAUGAUAUAGCGAUUGGCAUUCGAAACGCUUACCUACAUCUUCAAUCUAGAGAGAUAUCUUAAGUUGGUCAACAACACCUAAAUCUAACAUCAUAGAAUAUGUUGAAACAGUUUUCCAAUUGAAUCCUCGGAGCAUAUAUACACUUUUAAAUUGCAUGCUUUUUUACAAUGUACUUUUAUAGGUAGAGAUAUUUUACACAAACGACGUAUGUUCUAUUUAUUUUACUCAUUAUAAUUGGCCAAUCCUGGCAAGUCAGAUUUGAUCUGACAGCGUCAAUAUUUUCACUCCAAGAGACGGAAUCUUGAUUAAAGUUUAAAGCAAAUUUCAAGAGCCUAGUCAACCGUUGUCAACAAAUUUAAUUAUGUUCAAAUAGUUCCAAUUUCAAGGUGUAUAUAGUAAUAGAAGUCGCAAAACGUUAAUUAAAGCUAAUAUUGCAAGUGAGUGACAAGGGGUACCCUUUCUCACUCAUUCUUUGGUGUUAUUUAAUAUUUAUUCUCUCGAAUGACAAACAAAUGGUUAUAAUGAACGUUUGACUUAAAUUGAUGAUUACUCACAUGCCGUACGAACUUAUGAUUUCUGAUAUGUUGGGGAUCAUGUGUUUUUUUUUCAUCAAUUUAAAUUAUUUAAUAGAAUAAAAUUGAUUCGUCUACCGAGCAAUUACGAAAAAUUAUAUGUUUAAUCAUGAAAAAUAGGUUGACUUGGUUACAUAUAAUAGAAGACUUUACAUUUUAACCAUUUAUGUGUCCAUUCAUUUUCUAAUGAUAAUCUUGUAGUGAAUGGCCUAAUAGACAAUAUUGAUAAGAAAAAAUUAUCUGUCGUAAAUCGGCAAAUUCUAGAAAAAACGAAUUUCUUCAAACAGAUUAUCAAUAUUUCUCGAAAUAUCGUUCCUAUUAGCACUGUGGUCUCUUCCAUUUAACAAGUUUCUUUACAAUAAUGAGUAUUAACAAUCUUAAUGUUUAAUUUUGCUCUUCGUGUCUAGUCAUUCCAGAAAUGGUGCACAUUUGUGACCAAACGAUAAAUAUUUAAUCAAUUGUUGAGCAAUUUAACAAACACCCAAUUACGAAUAUUACGUUUAUUGUUGGAGCGUUGCAAUAUGAGAAUAGCAGUUGCAGAUUUGACGUGUAUUUUAUUACCACAAUUAAAAUCUAGUUCCAAAAAUUGAAUAGCUGCUUAAAAUAAUAUCAAUCAAUACAUUCAUGCCUCUCAGAUAUGUUUGAGAACAAAUGUUAUAAUUGAUAAGUAUCUCUACGAUUUAUGUCUGAGGGAAAUGAAUAAGAAACAUUAUCACAAACACAAGUGAACUUAAUAGUGUAAAUUAAAAUAUGUAAAAUAAUAUAUCGCUAGUAUCGGAAAUACCUAGGUAGUGCGUCAGGCUUUUUGAAAACAGAAUGACUGAAGUGUCUCAUAAGUUAUGCAGGCUUUUUAUGAUGCAUGGGGUUGGCAGGCCCCAAUCCACAUGUUUCCACGAAUUGAGUGCUAGCGCACAAUAUUCAUUACCAUCCAUCCGAUUCCGUCUGUAUUUUACUGAUUUGUGCACAAAGUAAGAUAACUUUGGAUUUCUAUUUUCGAAUUUGUCUACAAAUGAUAAGCUACCGCCCGAAGUAUUGAUAGUUAUUUAUUAUCCCAGAUGUUUUCUCCAGCUUUUCGUACUUGAUAUACAUGCACUAUGAAUUAAACCAUGUGGUAAAUAUCACAGACAAUUUGUUAGAAUUGUACUAACUUAGGCAGCUCAUGUUUAUAUUAACUUAGAAUAACGUCGUUUAUUUAUAGAGUUUUUAUCACUUGUUCAUUAUAAUUUAUUGUUUUAGUUAACACUUAUGUUGUUAUAGAGAUAUUUAUUCAGUUACUCUCGUGAAGUUGUUUGGCGCUGUAUUAUAAAUCUUAGUUUUCAUUGUCGCAGGAAAUGAAGAUUUCCUUUCUUUUUAUAUUUCAAGCCACAAGCGCACAAUCAUAAGUUCAAGCUAGAAAAAUUUAAUCACAUUAUAUUAACGCACCUGUGUAUUUUCCGUGAACCUGUAGAUAUUGUCAUUGACGAUGCGCUACCGUUACUGCGUGUCGCUUCGUUGUCUUUAUAGUUUUGAAACUCUGUCGUUUAUUUUAGCAAGAUUUAUCAGCCUUAAAAAAUUUACAUCUAUGCAUGACGAAGUAAUAAGAAGUUUUUGUGAAUGCGGAAAUCUCUGCACGUUGCACUACAUUUCUCAAUACAUUACUUUUUUUAGUCUUAUAUGCAAUUAACGUCUUAUACUAUAAAAUAAGAUUGACUUCGAUUAGAAAUAUUCUUAUAUAUACCAUUUGCUUUGAUGGUCUGUCAAUCAUUGGAUAGGUAAAGCUUUUGAAAUAUUUUUCACUUCAAUUUAGUAAAUUCGAUCAGAAUUUUAUAACUUUUGACGAUAAUUUAUCCUAAAAUAUCGAAGAAAUGGAUCCAAAAGUAGUCAGAAUAAUUUGAUUUCAAUCCCCAAACUGCCUCCGAUCAUUUAAAGUUUAAAUUAUUGUGAGGAAACAAGACUACCUUAGACUAGUAAAUAUAGCUGUUCUUUAAUAAUGUAAAGUCCGUGCGCGGAGGUGUAUGCCUCCAUCUAAUUUUGAUAUAUAAAUUGUUCGCGUAGUGGUCGAUCACCUGUAUACUAUACUUAAGUCGAACAAAUGUCAUUGUGUGUACUUAAAAAUUUUGUAUUAUAUCACUUUUGAGUGAUUUCUUAUGUUAACGUUGUAAUGUGAAUCAAUGUCAUUGCUCGUGCUUGUCUUGCAAGGUUUUAUGCAGUAAUAUCAACACCGCAAGUUCCCAACACGAUAAUUUCCGGUCUUGGGUUUUCAUGUUUGAUGAUACAUUUUUGAUGUAGCCAUCGCAGUUGAAAUUCACCAUUUCUUGCGAUUAAUUACCAACGAGAUCACGAGCAGAUCUUGAAAUCAAUUUCAGAAUGAAUGAGGGGUGCUUUCAUGAACUACUCACAUUCUACAUGUGAUUUUAAACAAAUUUACUAGUCAGCUUAAAGAAUUGAUUUUUUCGAAAAGACAUCUAAAACUUAACAAACUAUGGAUGAUUCAGAAAUAUCAGCUUUGUAAAGAAAAACAAUGUAACAAAUAGUACUGGCAAUUCUACACGAUUUAAAAUCUUACAAUUAGCGGGAAACUAGCUGCUGGUGUUAUGUACAAGAAACAUAUAGAUAUGAGUUGAGGAUUGAAUAGAUGAUGAUUCUUGUCAGCUUUUAUAGCAUUCAUGCAAUUGACUAAUAAAUUACUAACUUGAGUUCAAUUCGAGAUAAUGUAAGAGUUUCUGGGAUAAACUGUGGAGGGUUGUAUGUAUUUCUGACAGCUAGUUCAAUAUCAAGGUGAUUUCAGCUUUAUUAACUGAUUGUAAAAAAUUACAUCGUUAAGUAUCGAAACAAAUAUGAUGCAGAGGUAUUAUCAAAACAUAUUUUUCCGAAUGUAUAAAGUGAUUAACUACAAACUACGAUUAAUAAAAACAUUUCACUUGGA